AUGGAAAUAACACCACAAGUAUGGAUAAUAUGUACCCAUCCAGACCCUAAUUUUACUACACGAGUUACUUUAGAUGUAAGGGAACUAUUUGGUAAUAAAACUUAUAAAAAGUGCAGAAUAUACACAUCAAUAUGUGUAGAUGACAAUUUGAUAGAGGCUGCUUUAGGUUCUAGCAAUACAAAGGCAUUAACAAACAUAGGACUAUCUCCUGAAUUAUGGAAACUAGUAAUAGGAAAAUAUCUAGAAAUAAAUAGUGGUGGAGAAUAUACACUGGUAUUUGAGGCACAAAGUAUUAAUACCCGAUUUUUAAAGCUUACAAUCAAUGAUAAGAAAUAUCAUAUAGUUAAGGUUAAUAUGGAACAAGAAGAUCUUUAUAACCUUUAUGUUUGUAAGCAUCUGUAUAAUAUACAAAAGACUUUAAAUAAUCUACUAGAAGAUAUACCCAUUAUUGGUACUCCUGGAAGAGUAAACUGCUUUGGAAAUAAUACAUUUGGACUUUGGGGUUGUUCUGAUUCUUUAGAAUACUCAUUUGGAUGGCUUGCAGGUUGCAGUUUAGUUGGUAAAGGUUUUGUCUUUGGUAUAUCUCAUGAAGGUUAUUUAUUGGAUAUCUCGGGUACAAUAUGUUUAUCUAGAGUGUUAAGUAAUAUAUUUGACUUAAUUUGCUAUUCUUACAAAGGUCCCAGUGAAGUGAGAUUUGGUUUUUUAGGAAUAAGAAAAAUUGACGCUAUGAACUUUAUGAAGAAUAUUAAUAUAAAUAGAGUUCUAUUGGGGAAUAUUGUUGAAGUAUCAGAGAAUAUUAAUAUGGAAUCUGUGAAUAGAAUGAUACAUGAUAAAAAACCAAAUAUAAUUGUUUGGAAUGCUAUAGAACCUCUUAGGUUUGAAGGUAACAUUGAUCAUUGCGCUGAAGAAUUUAAGAAAUUUGUUUAUGGAGGAGGGGUUCUUAUAGUAGCUAUGUGUCCAUGGGGUUGGGAGCAAUUAUCUGAUCUUAUUAUAUCAAACUCCCUUGCUAAUACAGUAAUUUCAGAAUUUGGGUUGAUGUUUUCAUCAAGAUACCUUUCAUAUGAAUCAGGAAGUAAUAAAAUUACUAUUUCAUUAAAUAGUGAUAAAACACAUUACCUCAAUACUUAUAGAAGUUGGACUCAAGCAAUAUUAAACCCUGAUAAAAUAACACGAAUUGAUGUUGAACAUAUGUCAAAUGACAUAAAUAUGUUAUUAUAUAAGAAACAUAAAACUAAUGCAGAACAGGAAGUGACUAAAUUGAUUAUGAAUGUUAUAGAUAAUUAUAAUUAUGAUCUUUUUAAAGCCCCUUUUGAUACUAAUGAUCCGAAAGUACUUUUAUUACUUGCCCUAGCUUCCUCAAGAUUAAAUGAGAAUACAUUGAGUAAUUUUCAUGAAUAUAAUUUACUAAAUUUAAUUUCUAAAAUGGAUUAUUGGAUUGAGAAGACAAUUCCAUGGAAUUUUGAAAAUAAAAUUAUUUGUGAAAAAUCUUAUUGUUUACCUAUUUUAAUUUCAAAUGGUUGGCAGACUCUUGGUCUCUAUAUUAUCCCCAAUAAAACCUUGGAACUUUUUUUUUUUAAAGAUAAAAUUAUUAAUAAAUAUUUUAAUGAAGAUGUGAUUAUACAUAGUAAAAGUAAUUAUGUGACAAUUAGAGUUCAAAUAGGGUGUCAUACCGAUAUUUUGCGAACAGAUUCUGAUUCUAGUCCUCUACAGAGACUUCCAAUAAUCGUUAAGUCUUAUAUCUGGAAAAUUGAUCUCAACAAUUCUCGUAAUAAUAUCUCUAUAAAGUCACCAUAUGGUGGUCUACUAUAUUUUGAGUUAAUGGAUAGAUGGGUUAAAGAUAAAUUUCAAAGUAAUAUACUGGGUUAUGUGUAUACUAAUAGUAGUGAAUCUUGUGAAACCGCACCUUUUUUUGUAAGUUCUAAGAUUAAUAAAGAUGUAGAAUUUCCACAAGUAAAUCUUGGAGAAACUGGUCAGAUUAUAUGUACUAGCAGUAUUAAUGAAUGGAAAGAUAUUAUUAAUACAAAAUCAGCUCCUUGGGGAGAACUUCAUGGACUUAGAGUUAUAAUUACACUUCCUCUAAGUACUUUAAAAUUUAUUGAGAAUCCUCAAGAAAUUGUUGAUUUUUGGGAUAAUGUUAUACAAAUUCAAGAUGAGUUGUUAAAUGAAGGAUUAAAUGACAGGAAAGAACGAAUCGUAUGUGAUAUUCAGAUUUCAGAUGGUUAUAUGCAUAGUGGGUAUCCAAUUAUGACACAUAUGGAUAUGUGUCAACGUCAUGGUAAAUUAGUGAAUAUCCCAGAAAUAAUGAUAGAGGGAGAUUGGGGUCUUUACCAUGAAAUAGGACAUAAUAGACAAAAACCCCAAUGGACUUUUGCAGGAACUGAAGAAGUUACAGUGAACAUUUUUACAUUAUAUACCUUUAAUAAACUUCAUGCUUAUUUAAAACCUUUUCAGAUUGAUUUUAUCAAUGACCAAAAAUCUAAAGUGUUGGAAUAUCUUGGAAGUGUAAAAGAUGGAAACUUUCCAUCUGGAGAACUUUUUAAUAGUAUUUGGAAGGCUGAUCCAGGUAUUGCACUGUAUACAUACUUAGUUAUUAUUAUCUAUUAUGGAUGGAAUUCAAUCAAGAAAGUUUUUGAAUUAUAUGAUCAAUGUGAGCUUCCAGAAACAAUCCAAGAUCAAGAUAAGAUACAAAUUUGGAUUUUAUUACUCUCAUUGACAACUAAUUGUGAUCUUAGACCUUACUUUAAACAAUGGGAUUGGGAGAUUAAUACUUCCUUUGUAUGCAAUCUUGGAGCAUUAUUGCGUGUGUUAUAUUCCCGCUACAAAAGUGUGUGUGUAGUGCACUAUAAUAUCUCUUGUGACCUUUUCUCCAAUUUUUUAGAUGAGCUAAACCCGUGGCAAAUAGAUGUAAUGGAAAUGUUGAAAGAUCUAAUGUCUUAG